ACCAAUUUCGAGCGUCGGUACAGACACAAGGAGAGUUAGCGAACGAAAGUGUGAGCAGUACAGCCGAGGUGUGACAGAGAAGAUCGAUUUUAUAACGUUAAUGACAAACCCUGAGAUGAUAUCUAUAUCUUUACUAAAAUGCAAGUAUUCAGGAGUGGAACUCAUUGUUGGGGGUGAGAACGCUGACCAAGGGGAGUUUCCGCAUAUGGCAGCAAUAGGUUUCACAAACUUCGACGACGGCUACAACUUCAGCUGUGGUGGAAGCCUCAUCAGUCCUCGGUUCGUGCUGACAGCCGGCCACUGCACCCGAAAUCUUCGAGCGAAGGACCCUGAGCCUGUCAUCGUUAGGCUUGGAGACCAGAACAUAGACCCUAGUGUCAGUGAUGGAGCCAACCCAGUGGAUGUUCCUAUAAAGAGAAUCCACAAACACCCCGACUACCGUCCGCCAGCGAGAUACAACGAUAUCGCAUUGCUGGAACUAAACUUGGACAUGGAGAUCGAUUCAGACAUACGGCCCGCCUGCUUGUGGCAGCAAAACGGAUUCGGGGGUGAAACUAAAGCUAUAGCUACCGGAUGGGGAACUGUCAACCCUGAUACGAGAGAGGUAGCGAAAGAUCUACAAAAGGUGUCGGUAAAUCUGUUGAACAAUACUGAUUGUGCUAAACUGCUCGACACUAGACACUCUAACUUGAGGGGACUGUCGCCGUCCCAGAUGUGCGCUGGUGAGCUCAGAGGAAGAAAGGACACCUGUCGGGCUAAUUCCGGAUCUCCCUUACAAAUACCUUCGAAAGACAAACAAUGCAUCUUUCAUAUUAUUGGCAUCACGUCUUUUGGUGAACAGUGUGCUAACGGACCGCCAGCCGUCUACACCAGAAUAUCAAGCUAUUUAGACUGGAUCGAGGGCAUUGUGUGGCCUGGAGAAUAA